GAGAAGCUAGGGUUUUAGGAAGUGCAGCCCGACAACAGUUCCUGUAGGGUUGAAGAGAAGGGGGAAAAAUGAAGACAAUACUCUCAUCUGAGACCAUGGACAUCCCCGAUGGGGUUAAGAUCAAGAUUAACGCCAAGGUUAUAGAGGUGGAGGGUCCUCGUGGAAAGCUCACUCGCAACUUCAAGCAUUUGAACCUUGAUUUCCAUCUCAUUAAGGACGAGGAUACUGGAAAACGCAAACUCAAGAUAGAAGCCUGGUUCGGUUCCAGGAAAACCAGCGCCUCCAUCCGUACCGCCCUCAGCCAUGUUGAGAAUCUUAUAACCGGUGUUACCAAGGGUUACCGCUACAAGAUGCGAUUUGUGUAUGCUCACUUUCCUAUUAACGCCUCCAUCACCAACUCCAAUACAGCCAUUGAGAUUCGUAACUUUCUUGGCGAGAAGAGGGUCAGGAAGGUAGAUAUGCUUGAGGGUGUAACUGUUGUUCGGUCUGACAAAGUUAAGGAUGAGCUUGUAUUGGAUGGCAAUGAUAUUGAACUGGUGUCACGGUCAGCUGCCUUGAUAAACCAGAAAUGCCAUGUUAAGAACAAAGAUAUAAGGAAAUUCCUUGAUGGUAUCUAUGUGAGCGAGAAAGGGACCGUCGUUGAGGAAGAGUAGUCAUAUUUACAAUCAUUUUCUCUGGUUAUGGUUAUUUUUCUGUUUUGCGUGAUCAUUAACUUUGGAGAUGUAUGAUUUUGGGUUAGUUUACUUGGAACUGAUACACCUUUUGCUUCAAUUGGUGUGUCCAGAGAAUUUUAAAGAAAUUAUUGGGUAUUUGAAAAUUUCUAUGCAUCUUGUUCCUUUUUUUACAA